AUGCCGCCAUCUCGUUCAAAUAGGCAGAUCUUAACACAGGGGAAGAAGUAUGCUAAUAAGAAGCUGAAAAAAUUUGGUACAGAUGAAGUUGCGUUCAAUAAGGAUGAUCGGUUAGAGUAUUUGACUGGGUUCCAUAAGCGUAAGUUGCAAAGACAAAAGAAGGCUCGGGAGUUCAAUCAGGAGCAAGACCGAUUGACCCGAAUUGAGGAGAGGAAAAAUAUGAGGGAUGAGCGGAAGAGACAGCUUGAGGAACGUUUACAUGAUUUCAAGAAAGGUCUGGACCUUGCAGUGAGCGAUGAUGAGGAAGUAGAGGACAAGGAGGAAGAGUGGGAAGGUUUUUCAGAUGAUGGUGAUGAUGAGAGUACGGAACCUUCGGUGAAACCCAUUUUGAAGACAGUUUACACGGAUGAUUCAUCGGUUAGUGUGGAAACACUGGAACCUAAUGAUAAUUUUGCAUACUUGGCCAAGGUGAACAACGUCAACCUCAGUGAGAGCGAAAAGAUCCUUACUCAAAGUAUAUCGAGAGCAGGUAAAUAUGCCAAAUUUUUGGGGAUGGCCGAUAAGGACGAUAAGCCUAAACAAAAGAAGAAGAAGUUUAGAUACUUGACCAAAAACGAGAGAAAGGCCAAUCAAUACAAGGCAAACGCUAACAAGAGAAGAAGGUGA